AUGUCUUUGGAUUUUGAGAUCAAACGUUCUGGACUCUCAAUCUCAACUUCAUCCUUUGACGCAUUUUGUGAGGAGAUAAAAAGGAAUGACAAUAAGAUAGAAGGUCAUCCAUUGAGAGGAUGGAUGAAAAAAAAAAGUCCAGCACUCUUGAAAGGAUGGCAGAAGCGUUAUUUUAUGUUGAUUGAAAAUCCUUAAGAUAAAGGUUGGAAAUUAGUGUAUUUUGACAAUGAUAAAACUGAUACAAGACCCAAUGGUGCUUUUGAUGUUUCAACCAUCACCUCAAUUCAAUAAGUAUCUAAAAAAGAAUUCACCAUUCAUUUCCCUGGAAGGAAACUGGAGUUGAAAGUCAAACCCCAAGAAGUGUACUAACAGUGGAUUAAUACUCUGAAUGAACUUCGAUCGGCCACCAAUGUAGAAAGAACCAAAAGGUAAUUGAGUGUGGAGUAAGAUGUUAAAUUGUCAAAUGAGAGUCCCAUCAAGAUGCCUUCAAAUCACAAGGUUGUUGACAAUCUCACUGUUUAGUAAGCCCAAGUCUAAAAGGAGAGACAGCGCAAUUCCAUAUUAAUUGAGCAAUCUAAAGAAAGUAAGAAGAAGAAGGAAAAAGAAAGUCUAACUCAACUCUCGAAUGAAAAGAUGAUUGAGCUAGUUGGAUUGAAAGAGUUUAUAAAGAAUAUGAAUGAGUAAUUCAUUUAUUAACGAAUGAUUUAUGGAUACUUAGGUAAGAGAAGUAAAGGUAAAGUUAAAUAUUUCCAGAAAAGAUGGUUCAUCUUGGUAUCUGCUAAACCUUUGUAUUCUGAUUACAAUGAUGAAAGGAUCUUGACAGAAGCAUAAUUGCCGACUUGGUUGGAACUUGAUACAAUCACCUAUUUUUAAGAAAAGGAAGAAGGCAAACCUCCAAAAGCCAAGGGAGAUGUGAGUAUGAUCGAUUGUUAAGAGAUCAUCAUGAAAGAUAUGUCCAAAUCAAAAGAGAGUGGAUUUACAUUUAAGUUGAAUAUGGGGGAUAGAUUAUAUCAUCUGAUGGCUGAUACGGAACAGGAACGUAAGAAAUGGUAAUCUGCUUUGAGUCUAUCUAUGAGAACCACCAAGGAGAUCCACAAUCCCUUGAAGAUCAAAAUUAAGAAGAACAUCGAUCCCAUUAUAUAAUUAUAUGAUGAGGAGCCGUAAUUGAUUGCAAGAAGAGAGAAAAUGAAGGCGAAAUUGGAGAAAGAUGUCUCUUAGAUUCUGAAUUAGGAGGAUCAAGAUCUAGCAAUACUGUUAAAACAACUAUCUGAGGUGAGAUAAGACAUGUUGGAAUCCAUGUAAGCAUGCAUUGUGAAGGAUCCAUAACGAAAGGAUAUCAUCAAAGAAUAUACAGAUAUUUAUCAUGAGAAGAUUUGUGACAGAAUCUCCGCAUUCUGGGAUCUUCAUUAUAAACAAAUGCAAUCGCCUGAAUUAUUACUCUUAGCAUAAUGGCUAAAUGAUUACUUAAAUUAGAUGAAGGAUUUCUUCAAUGAUGAUAGAAUCAUAUUUGGAGUCAGAGUGCUACUUAACAUUUAUGUAAAUAGAUCCCUCGAAAAUUUAGAGUCUGUGUUAAAUUCUAUUAUAGAUCAAGAGAAAACACAAGAACCCAUCUUCAAUGAUUAAUAACUAUUGAUUACACAGACACCUGUGGAUUUAUUCAAAAUUAUAAACGAAGGAUUUGAUAUGGCAUAUAAACUAUGUCCUUGCAAGGAAACCAGUCUGAAACUAGGUGGAUUUGGAAAAACCAUUUUACAACAAUAUUAAUAUGGAAUCCAGGAGAUGAUCGAUGAAAUAUAAUUGUCAACUCCAAAAUUGGUUGCCAUUUGCAAUAACACAUUAGCAUUGCACGACAAUACCAAGAAUUACAGUAAGGUGAUUUAGCAGGGGGGUAAUUUGAAUGAAGAAGAAAGUGAAAGGGUAUUUGAUUGUCAGAAGAUAACCAAGAAUUUUGUGUAAAUAGCCAAUAGUUGCAGGGAUAAGAUAUUUUUCAGUUAUUUCAGUCGUGUUGGAACACAUUUCAAAAAGUCCUUUCUCGAACUCUAAAUCAUUGAUACUCUCAAAGUCAUCAUAGAGCCAGCAACUGAAACUCUGUCCUAAUUACAUGAUAGUUUUAGUAGGAAAUUGUGGAAACAACUCUUGGAUACUAUUGUUCUUUAUUAUUUCAAUCAGUUCAUCAUCUCUUGUGGAAAAGCUAAGAAGGAGAAUCAAAAAGAAUUCACCAGCAAAUUAGAAAAUGAUAAGGAGAUCUUGGUUUAAGAAUUAGAAACCUUCAUUUUCGAAAAGCAAUUGCUGGCUUCAUUAAAACCAUUCGAUGAUAUGAUCAAUUUUAUUAAUGAGGAUUCUCUCAGCAUUUUGGAUCCAUGCAAAAGUCUAAGAGUGUAUUUUGGAAGGGCCUUUUCAGAAAAGACAAUCAAAACUAUAAUGUGUCUUCGAUUUGAUUUGGACAAGGAGAAGAAGAAGGAAACAAUUGAGAUUUGUAAGAAUUUAAUUGAGGACAUAAACAAAAGCGAACCUGUUGAACAUCAGAGCAGACUCAUGGAUGUACUAGGGCAAGAGGAAGAGGAAAAUGCAGAUCAAAGUUUAAAUCAACAGUUAUAAUAGAUUUAAUAAUAAGAAAACAGAAGGGCAGAUAUAUUUCUAGAUUUCCAUAAUGAUGACUAAUUAUAAAUACCUGAACCAUAGGAGUAACGAAGCUCAAUGGAAAAGAAGGAAUUCAUCGACGAGGGUUACUUAAAUAAGAAAAAGCCCAAAUAGAAGGGAUGGGACUAUAGAUAUUUCAGAAUCAGGAAAGGCUAUAUGUAUUGGUAUAUCAAUGCCAACUCUAGAGAAGCUCAGAAUAAGAUCAAUUUAUAAAGUGUAGAUGAAGUUAUUGCAAACACACAAAAACCAGCAAAUUUCAAAAUUCUAUUGGAAGAUUAGAAGGUUUAUAAGUUUAAGACUCAGAGCAAAGAGGAAUGUGAAUUAUGGGUUAAAACCAUAUUGAGGGAAUAAAACUAAUUGGAUUCAACUAUAAUUACAAUAGAAGCUAUAAAAAUUGGAAAUGGCAAAAAAGCCAUAAUAUAGGAUUACGAUGAGAUGGCGAGAAAGGAAAGGCAAUUAUAGAAGCAAGAAGAGCGUAAACGGAAGAGAAUCGAAAGGGAAAACGAGAUUAAAAGGAAGUAGCAGGAACAGAAAAUGUUACAGUAAUAAUAGUUAAAGGAAUUGGGAGAUAAGCCUAAGGCUCAUUAGGUAGAAGUAUUUGAAUAACAAAGCGAUCCAGUAAUGAAAUAGCAAUUAUAUUAUUAGGAUUACAGUCAGAAGUAAUCAACUUCUUGCUGGACUCAAUUUUUGAUAGCAUUAGGAAUCGAGAGACCUAAAUGA